AUAUGCAACGAGUGCCGGCCGGGGGUGAGCGUCCCAGGCGGUUCCGCUCAACAGACGCUGCUGUGGCGGCGCCGGGCUGCGACACUGCAGUUGUCGACGCGGCCGGGGCCGGGACGAGGAGGCGUUGGACGGGGUCGCAGACGUUUGUCCCCUCGCAUUGCGGCCCCGACAGCUGCGCCAGGAUCCCCGGGCGGCGGCGCGAGGCGUGAACGCUCUGGGGCUCAGCCAGGCCUGCGCGGGCCCGAGGCCGGAGGAACCCGGACUCCGGCGUAGCGGUUUUGACACAAGGGCGCCUAUCUUCAAAGCACCUAGUACCUCCUACCAUUGUCAACUGGUCUGCUUUUUUCGGGAGGGAGGCAGCAGGAUAUAUAAUACAGAAUUCAUUGUUGGGAAGGACUGGGGGAACAGCUGUAACAUUUGCCACCCUCAGAAGCUGCUGGUCCUGUGUCACACCACCUUAGCCUCUUGAUCGAGGAAGGUGGAAUCUUGCUCUGUUGCCGGGCUGGAGUGCCGUGGCGCGAUCUCUGCUCACUGCAAUCUCCGCCUCCCAGGUUCAAGCCAUUCUCCUGCCUCAGCCUCCCGAGUAGCUGGGACUACAGGCGUGUACCAUCACGCCCAGCUAAUUUUUGUAUUUUUAGUAGAGACGGGGUUUCACCGUGUUGGCCAGGAUGGUCUCGAUCUCCUGAUUUUGUGUUCUGUCCUCCUUGGCCUCCCAAAGUACUGGGCAGCCUCAUCAUAAUUGCUUACCACCAAUGUCUGUGUUGUUUUUGACAGUGCCAUUAGGCAUGAACUUUUCCAUUCUUUGUUGUGAAUAUAGUCGGUCUUAGAAAUUUCUAAGGGGCUCUGUGUUCUUACAGCCUGCUUCUCCAGCCUGUGCAGAACCUUUGUGCCGUUGUUCUGGAGCUGGGGCUGGGGACAGCAGCUUGAUUUUCUUAUAGUUACAUCUGUUCUGUGAGUGGUCUACUAGGCCAUCAAUGUACCCAUCAGUCUUCUCUGUUUGGAGCUUCUUGGCCUGCAUGGAACCUCUGCUUUACAAGAGGUGAGGCAAAGAUGAUCUGUGCUUGGUGUCCUUGGCCUGAUGCACCUGGGGUAGAGCUUCUGCACUAAGAAUGGGGACUGGAUGAAAGAGAAAGGAUUCUUCAGUUCUCUCAUCUCUCUACACUUGCCUGGAAUAGAAUUUCUGCAACACAGAGCUAGAGGUAGGAGGUGAAAAAUGCUGGCUGCUUGCGUCACUUGGGAAUAAAUCGUAGUCCUGGAUUUGGAGCUGGGUAGGGUUAACUAGUUACUAGUUCGCUUCAAUUUUGUUUCUUCAAGAAUGAUGGCCGGAUGUGGUGGCUAACACCUGUAAUCCCGUCACUUUGGGAGGCUCAGGUGGGAGAAUUGCUUGAAGCCAGGAGUUUGAGACCAGCUGGGGCAGCAUCAUGAGAGCCUGUCUCUACAAAAAAGAUUUUGAAAAAUUAGCUGAAUGUGGUCACACAUGCCUGUAGUCCCAACUGUUUGGGAGGCUGAGGAGAGAGAAUCGCUUGAGUCCAAGAGUUUGAGGCUGCAGUGAGCUAUAAUCUUGUACUGUACUCUAUCCUGGGUGAGAUCCUGUCUUUAAAAAAAAAGGUAUUAUUACCCACCUGCCACACAAUGGCUGUUCCCCUCUGCCCGGAGUGCUCUUUCUUACCCAAAUAGGCACAUGAUACGCUCUCUCUUCCUUAUGAGUCUCUGUUCAGAUAUCACUUAGCUCUCGCACCUCUCCAACGUUGCCCCAGUCACUUUCUGUUUUCCUUACCUGGGUUUAUUUUCCUCAUAACAUUUAUCACCACCUGGCACGUACACAUGCAUGCACGCAUACAUACAUAUUUGCUUGUCUACCUCUCCCAGUGAACGUGUAGGUUGCACGAGAGCGGGAACGUAGGCCGUUUUGUUUACUGUUACUUUCGCAGUGCUUAGAACGAUAUCUAACAUAGUGGAUUUUCAGUAAAUCUGAUGAAUGCAAAGUACAGAAUGACCAAAGUAUACUGCUUUCUUGCGUCAUAGUUUAACCUAACUUGAAAACUAUCUGUAGAGCCAUUGUGGAAAAUGAAUUUUUUGUGUUUGCAAACUCCAGUUGCUUGUUGCUGACUAGAGUGAGAAUGGGGCUCACAGGGAAGGAAUGUGGUGAUUAUUUGGCAGUGCCUGCUGGGGCUGUGAGAGAGGAUGGAUGUGUCGUAUUUGUAAAGUACUUGCCAUCCCUAAUGCAGUGAGAUGCUAAAGCACAGGAAAUGGGUAAAUUUUUGGUUUUCCCCCAACCCUCUUUCUCACUUGCUCCCUUUUUACUACUGGGAAAUGUUUGUGGAUACUUAAGGUUUUGGUUGGAACAGCCGCCUGUUUACAGUAUGAUGUGGAAACUUUUCUUGUAGUUCCGUUGUUAAUAGAUAUUGUACAAAUGAGUCUCUUAGAAAUAUCAAGACAUUGUAGGGGACCGGUAUGGUAACUCCUGCCUGAUAGAAAAAAAAAAAGUCUUCAUUUGCCGAUGUAACUUUUCUUUGAAUUAUUUUAAAAUGGUUUUGAACUAACGCCUUUCUUUUUCUUCUUUCUAGAUUCUGGCUGAAGUCUGUUAAUUCUACUUUUUGAGUACUUAUGAAUAACCACGUGUCUUCAAAACCAUCUACCAUGAAGCUAAAACAUACCAUCAACCCUAUUCUUUUAUAUUUUAUACAUUUUCUAAUAUCACUUUAUACUAUUUUAACAUACAUUCCAUUUUAUUUUUUCUCCGAGUCAAGACAAGAAAAAUCAAACCGAAUUAAAGCAAAGCCUGUAAAUUCAAAACCUGAUUCUGCAUACAGAUCUGUUAAUAGUUUGGAUGGUUUGGCUUCAGUAUUAUACCCUGGAUGUGAUACUUUAGAUAAAGUUUUUACAUAUGCAAAAAACAAAUUUAAGAACAAAAGACUCUUGGGAACACGUGAAGUUUUAAAUGAGGAAGAUGAAGUACAACCAAAUGGAAAAAUUUUUAAAAAGGUUAUUCUUGGACAGUAUAAUUGGCUCUCCUAUGAAGAUGUCUUUGUUCGAGCCUUUAAUUUUGGAAAUGGAUUACAGAUGUUGGGUCAGAAACCAAAGACCAACAUCGCCAUCUUCUGUGAGACCAGGGCCGAGUGGAUGAUAGCUGCACAGGCGUGUUUUAUGUAUAAUUUUCAGCUUGUUACGUUAUAUGCUACUCUAGGAGGUCCAGCCAUUGUUCAUGCAUUAAAUGAAACAGAGGUGACCAACAUCAUUACUAGUAAAGAACUCUUACAAACAAAGUUGAAGGAUAUAGUUUCUUUGGUCCCACGCCUGCGGCACAUCAUCACUGUUGAUGGAAAGCCACCAACCUGGUCCGAGUUCCCCAAGGGCAUCAUUGUGCAUACCAUGGCUGCAGUGGAGGCCCUGGGAGCCAAGGCCAGCAUGGAAAACCAACCUCAUAGCAAACCAUUGCCCUCAGAUAUUGCAGUAAUCAUGUACACAAGUGGAUCCACAGGACUUCCAAAGGGAGUCAUGAUCUCACAUAGUAACAUUAUUGCUGGUAUAACUGGGAUGGCAGAAAGGAUUCCAGAACUGGGAGAGGAAGAUGUCUACAUUGGAUAUUUGCCUCUGGCCCAUGUUCUAGAAUUAAGUGCUGAGCUUGUCUGUCUUUCUCACGGAUGCCGCAUUGGUUACUCUUCACCACAGACUUUAGCAGAUCAGUCUUCAAAAAUUAAAAAAGGAAGCAAAGGGGAUACAUCCAUGUUGAAACCAACACUGAUGGCAGCAGUUCCGGAAAUCAUGGAUCGGAUCUACAAAAAUGUCAUGAAUAAAGUCAGUGAAAUGAGUAGUUUUCAACGUAAUUUGUUUAUUCUGGCCUAUAAUUACAAAAUGGAACAGAUUUCAAAAGGACGUAAUACUCCACUGUGCGAUAGCUUUGUUUUCCGGAAAGUUCGAAGCUUGCUAGGGGGAAAUAUUCGUCUCCUGUUGUGUGGUGGCGCUCCACUUUCUGCAACCACGCAGCGAUUCAUGAACAUCUGUUUCUGCUGUCCUGUUGGUCAGGGAUACGGACUCACUGAAUCUGCUGGGGCUGGAACAAUUUCCGAAGUGUGGGACUACAAUACUGGCAGAGUGGGAGCACCAUUAGUUUGCUGUGAAAUCAAAUUAAAAAACUGGGAGGAAGGUGGAUACUUUAAUACUGAUAAACCACACCCCAGGGGUGAAAUUCUUAUUGGGGGCCAAAGUGUGACAAUGGGGUACUACAAAAAUGAAGCAAAAACAAAAGCUGAUUUCUUUGAAGAUGAAAAUGGACAAAGGUGGCUCUGUACUGGGGAUAUUGGAGAGUUUGAACCCGAUGGAUGCUUAAAGAUUAUUGAUCGUAAAAAGGACCUUGUAAAACUACAGGCAGGAGAAUAUGUUUCUCUUGGGAAAGUAGAGGCAGCUUUGAAGAAUCUUCCACUAGUAGAUAACAUUUGUGCAUAUGCAAACAGUUAUCAUUCUUAUGUCAUUGGAUUUGUUGUGCCAAAUCAAAAGGAACUAACUGAACUAGCUCGAAAGAAAGGACUUAAAGGGACUUGGGAGGAGCUGUGUAACAGUUGUGAAAUGGAAAAUGAGGUACUUAAAGUGCUUUCCGAAGCUGCUAUUUCAGCAAGUCUGGAAAAGUUUGAAAUUCCAGUAAAAAUUCGUUUGAGUCCUGAACCGUGGACCCCUGAAACUGGUCUGGUGACAGAUGCCUUCAAGCUGAAACGCAAAGAGCUUAAAACACAUUACCAGGCGGACAUUGAGCGAAUGUAUGGAAGAAAAUAAUUAUUCUCUUCUGGCAUCAGUUUGCUACAGUGAGCUCAGAUCAAAUAGGAAAAUACUUGAAAUGCAUGUCUCAAGCUGCAAGGCAAACUCCAUUCCUCAUAUUAAACUAUUACUUCUCAUGACGUCACCAUUUUUAACUGACAGGAUUAGUAAAACAUUAAGACAGCAAACUUGUGUCUGUCUCUUCUUUCAUUUUCCCUGCCACCAACUUACUUUACCACCUAUGACUGUACUUGUCAGUAUGAGAUUUUUUCUGAAUCAUAUUGGGGAAGCAGUGAUUUUAAAACCUCAAGUUUUUAAACAUGAUUUAUAUGUUCUGUAUAAUGUUCAGUUUGUAACUUUUUAAAAGUUUGGAUGUAUAGAGGGAUAAAUAGGAAAUAUAAGAAUUGGUUAUUUGGGGGCUUUUUUACUUACUGUAUUUAAAAAUACAAGGGUAUUGAUAUGAAAUUAUGUAAAUUUCAAAUGCUUAUGAAUCAAAUCAUUGUUGAACAAAAGAUUUGUUGCUGUAUAAUUAUUGUCUUGUAUGCAUUUGAGAGAAAUAAAUAUACCCGUACUUAUGUUUUAAGAAA